AUCUUAACUGUUCCAUUGGUUUGUUCUCAGGGUGUGCAACAUUUAAAAAUGCUACAGAGGCUGAUCCUCUACUAUAACUGCAUACCUUCUCUUGAAGAAGUGAAAGUACUGUUUAAGCUGCCAUUGUUAAAAGAGUUGGACCUCAGGCUCAACCCUCUCGUCAAAAAUAAUCCACAGUACCGCCUUUACUUGGUGCAUGCCAUGCCCACCCUGCGCAAGCUAGAUAGCUGUUCAGUCAGAGAUGCUGAGCGUAAAUCUGCCUUGAUGCAGUUCUCUUCUGAACUUCUUCCUCAGCAGAUGAGCUUCUCUUUGAAUCUGAUUGAUGAUCGAAGAAGCAGUGAUCGCAGACCAGCUUUAACUGACCACUUAACCAAGAGCCUUUCUGUCCUGACCGACACUCGUGAUAUUGAGCUGAACUUUGUUGCCACAAAUGAUGGAGAGCAAAGUGAAGCUGUCUCUGACUCAUUUCACAAGGAGGCCGAUGGUUUCAAAGAGAAAGUUUCUGAAGAUUUUAGAGAACAGAGGAGCUCAACUCCCAAACAGGAAACUGCUAAAUCCAUCCUCAGGUAUCCACUCACUAAAACUGAGCAACGUAGACCUGCUCAUGGAAACCCAAAGCAAAAGGAGCCUCCCAAACAAACCAGACAUCCAGCUAAAGGGCAUUUUACCCCAAAUCCAGAUGAAAGCCUCCGUCACAGUUCCUCAUUUAUUAAUAUCCGGCCUCCCAGUCCACGACGUCCUGGUUUGAAUCUGUCUGACCCUUUUAACCCCAUCUUGCAUCCUCCACGACUAACCUACUCCAGCUUCAACAAAACAGACGGGAGCUCCAGCCAGCCUGUGCAAGCUGAGAAGAAAAAAAAGGGUAGUUAUAGGAAACCCCUGGAGAUGCUCCUCAACCUCGUGGACAAACACUGGACAGGGGAGAGGUCACUGCAUCAAAACAACAACUUCCUGUCUCAGGCAGUCCAGAUCCUCUCCAUGAUGGAAAGCGAUAUUUCCAGUCGGGAAACUGAGGUCAGGACCUUACGCCGGGAAGCUGAUGCGCUUCGCUUUCAAGCGGCAGCACGAGAGGAAGAGCACAAAACUGAAGUGCACAACCUCUCCGCUCAGCUGGAGGAAGCUCGGAGAGCGGUGGGCAAACUGAACGAGCAGCUGAGGGUCGUUUUAGAGGAAAACGUUGCUCUGCAGAAGCAGCUCAUCAAGUUAGAACGCCAAUAUCUGAAGUCUAUGAUGAAAAGCUCACAUGUGUCUCAGAUCAGAGAAGCUCAGGCCGAAGUAGAGGAACUGAAGAAAGAGAUCGAGGGGCUGAGGAAGAAAGUGCAGGAAGCUGAGAAAGUCAAAGAACUUUCAGAUAUGCUGCAAGAAAGCCACAGGUCUCUGGUGGCUACAAAUGAAUGCUUGUUAGCAGAGCUGAAGGGAAGUGGGGAACAUUAAUGCAGAAUUUGAACAAAGAGAUGCACGCCAGGAUAAAAAUAUCAAAGCAGGACUAUGCCGACCGUCAUAUUAGCAUGUGCCAACAAAUAUAAACUGCUUAAAUUAUUUUAUUUUUAAAAUUACUGCAGAUUGCUGCAAAAUUGUAGUAAGUGCUAUACCUUUUUUAUAAAUGUUUCUAUUAUUUAAAAUAUGUGCAUAAGCUGCAUUUACUCGAUGUAAACAGUAACGGGGAAAGGCCAUUCAUUCAGGAAGCUUUGUGUAUGAGUGUGUGACAGGGCUGUUAUAUUAACAAAUGAUUUUCUGGGGGGGUGUUAGUGAAAAGGUCAUAAUGCAUUUCCUGGAUCUGUGGCGGGAUCGUCUCUGUUUUGGCUCCUUUUUUAGUUUUUUUUUCUGUUUGUAGGUCAGUCUCCAUCUGCUUUGCACGCCGCAGUGGAAUGAAUGCAUCUAGAUUCCAGCUGCACUGUGACUUUAUUUAUACCUCUGCCUUCGGGCUGGAGAGAUGCGCAGGCAGACAUGCACUUUCCUCUCGCUAACACUAAAUCAAGCCCUGGCAAACCAGGUUAGAGGUUUGGAUGCUACACAAACUGAAUGUCUUCUUUUUCUUUUUAUAUGAAUGUUACAGAUCGCUGGUUGGUACUACUUGCAGGGAGUAAACUCCAAAAAAAAGAAAGCAAGAACAUAACUACUGUUUCAACAGACACUCCAAAACCUACUCAGCAGAGGUUCCAGGGUGUGCGUGCAUGUUUUCUUUUCUUUUUUUUUAAUUUUCAAUAAUGCACUACAAAUCAUGAACACACUUUAAGAGAUCUAAAGAACAAGAACAAAAAAAAAACAAACAGAAAACACACUGCAUGCACUGGGGCAUAAUAGUACAUUACAAGUUAUUUGAAGGAAAAAAAGACAAUAUUGUUUCUCCACAUUAAAAGGUGCACAGUAUUUGGCAUUAAGCACAGAAAACAGAUCAUACUCAAGCUACAAAAACACACUGAUAGCUGCUAGUUUUGCACUUGAUGCAUGAGUCUUCAUCAGCUGAGGCUACAAGUAGUGUGUGACAUGAAUCUGUCAUUCUGCUGGAAAAAUAUUCUACAAAAGUAUAACACUCGUUUGCAAUUUUCCCUUUUUCUGAUACAGUGUGUAAGGAAACAUUAAAAUCCCUGCGUUUGUUUGUUUUUUCUUCAGUUAAAUCUGUGCCUU